AUGGCCUUCAUGAUGAUGAAGAAGAAGAAGUUCAAGUUCCGCGUGGAGCUGGAGCUGGACGAGCUCUCGUCCGUGCCCUUCGUCAACGGCAUCCUCUUCUGCAAGGUGCGGCUGCUGGACGGCGGCAGCUUCAGCGGGGAGUCCUCCCGAGAGGUCGUGCAGGCAAACUCUGUUCACUGGAAGAAGAAGUUCUUAUUUAUGUGUAAAAUGAGUGCCAGUGCCACUACAGGCAUUCUGGAUCCUUGCAUCUGCAGAGUAUCUGUGCGGAAGGAGUUAAAAGGUGGAAAGGCAUACGCAAAGCUGGGCUUUGCAGACCUAAACCUUGCAGAGUUUGCUGGAUCGGGAAAUACCACUCGUCGCUGUUUAUUGGAAGGUUAUGAUACCAAAAAUACCAGACAGGAUAAUUCCAUUCUCAAAGUAUUGAUCAGCAUGCAGCUAAUGUCCGGAGACCCAUGUUUUAAAACGCCUCCUUCCACAGGAAUGUCCAUCUCAAUUGCUGGAGAAUCGGAAUCUUUACAUGAAGACAGGAAAGGUGGAGAGAACUUGAAAGUGGUACGUCUGGGUGUAUCAGAUCUCUCAGCAAAGAGUGCAUCAGUCCCAGAUGAACUUGGUGCAUGCGGACAUUCCAGAACAUCAAGCUAUGCAAGCCAGCAAUCAAAAUUGUCAGGGUAUAGCACAUGUCACUCCAGAUCAUCCAGUUUUUCUGAUCUCUGCCAUAGGAGAAACACCUCAGUGGGAAGUACGUCUACAGGAAUUGGAAGUAUUCUAGAGCCAUGUGAAGAGACUGAACCAAAAGUAACUGAUGAUAAUUUUGAUACUCCUGUUAAAGAUAUAUCUUCAGAAAAACUCAGCAGGCAUCCAGUGAAGCAAGACUCUGUAGAGUCACAACUGAAGCGGGUUGAUGCCACCAGAGUAGAUGCAGAUGAUAUCGUUGAAAAAAUAUUGCAGAGUCAAGACUUCAGUUUAGACUCCAGUGCAGAAGAAGAAGGGCUGAGAUUAUUUGUGGGCCCUGGGGGGAGUACUUCUUUUGGAAGUCAUCAUCUACCCAAUAGGGUAGGAUCCGGAGCAUAUGAGCAAGUGGUGAUUAAACGCUAG